CCGGCCCGCGGAGCUCCUCGUCGCCCGCUCUAUGUUUUGACGCCGCGCAGCCUGCCGGCCCGCCGACACCUGCGCCCAUGUACAGCAUGAUGAUGGAGACGGACCUGCACUCCCCCGGGGGCGGCCCGGGGGCCCCCAGCCUGGCGGGCCAGACCGGCGCGGGGGGCGGCGGGGGCGGCGGCGGAGGAGGCGGCGGCGGCGGCGCCAAGGCCAACCAGGACCGGGUCAAGCGGCCCAUGAACGCCUUCAUGGUGUGGUCGCGCGGCCAGCGGCGGAAGAUGGCCCAGGAGAACCCCAAGAUGCACAACUCGGAGAUCUCCAAGCGCCUGGGCGCCGAGUGGAAGGUCAUGUCGGAGGCCGAGAAGCGGCCCUUCAUCGACGAGGCCAAGCGGCUGCGGGCGCUGCACAUGAAGGAGCACCCGGAUUAUAAGUACCGGCCCCGCCGCAAGACCAAGACGCUGCUCAAGAAGGACAAGUACUCGCUGGCCGGAGGGCUCCUGGGCGCCGGCGGCCCCGGGGGCGGCCCGCCCGUGCCCAUGGGCGUCGGGGUCAGCCCGGGCGGCGUGGGCCAGCGCCUGGAGAGCCCCGGCGGGGGCGGCGGCGGCGGGGGCGGAGGAGGCGGCGGCGGCGGCGGGGGCUACCCGCACAUGAACGGCUGGGCCAACGGCGCCUACCCGGGCUCGGUGGCGGCGGCGGCUGCGGCGGCGGCGAUGAUGCAGGAGGCGCAGCUCGCCUACAGCCAGCACCCGGGCGGCGGGGGGCACCCGCACGCCCACUCGCACCACCCGCACCCGCACAACCCGCAGCCCAUGCACCGCUACGACAUGGGCGCGCUCCAGUACAGCCCCAUCUCCAACUCGCAGGGCUACAUGAGCGCCUCGCCCUCGGCCUACGGCGGCAUCUCCUACGGCGCCCAGCCCCACCAGAACUCGGCCGCGGCGGCGGCAGCGGCUGCGGCGGCGGCGGCGGCCGCCUCGUCCGGGGCGCUGGGCGCGCUCGGCUCCCUGGUCAAGUCCGAGCCCAGCGUCAGCCCGCCGGUCACCUCGGCCCACUCGCGGGCCCCCUGCCCCGGCGACCUGCGCGAGAUGAUCAGCAUGUACUUGCCCGCCGGCGAGGGAGGGGACCCGGCGGCGGCGGCGGCAGCUGCUGCUGCGGCGGCCGCGGCUCAGAGCCGCCUGCACUCCUUGCCCCAGCACUACCAGGGCGCCAGCACGGCGGUCAACGGCACCGUGCCCUUGACGCACAUCUGAGAG